AAUAAACAAAUCUUAGUCAAACAGAUGUUUGUAAAUAGUUCUUGAAAAGAUGAUCAUAUCAAACUGACAGCUAAUAAUUGUGUUUUUUCUUGCAAUAUCGUUUCCGUUCACAGAUAACUUCAGUGACAUUGAUCCCGUGAUUGAAUAUGCCCCAGGAAAUGAAAGAUAACUAUUUUUUAUGAUUUUCAUGUCGAUGGUGCAUGGUGUGCAGAGUAUACAAGGAGUGUGAGAUGGUUUCUUUGUUUUAUCAAGAACUUGUUGCCUCUCGCUAUGGCAAGUGAAGAAAAUAAGGAACCUUUUUCUGAUAAUGAGGAAAGCAGGGAUCCAGAUGAGGACUUCCAAGGGCCCCACGACUGGAGGAGAAUACUGAAACCAGUCCAGUUUCAAUUCACAGUUGACAACUCCAAGCCUCCUCAGUCUGUCUCUGUUUCCAGGAGUGGUAGCACUAGACGGACAUUAGAAGAACUCAGGGAAUCUGACAAACCUCGAAGAAUUCCAUCAUGGAAAAGACAUUUGAUUGAAAAGAAAAAGAUCACAGUCAAGAGACAUGGAAGUGGAGCAGGACAGUGUGGCACUAACAUAUACAGGAAAAAAUCUUUCAAUAAGAAUUUAGAGUCAGCCUUUCAACAGCAAGUUGUUAACUCUGCUCAAGCUAGAAAGAAAGUUUCACCCUCCAACUCAUUUAAGCAGUCACAGGCCCUGACCAGAAACAGGAUCGCUAAAGUACAGAGGGCUCGAUUGUAUCUGCUUCAGCAGUAUGGUCCAAACUCAUUUCUGAUUGGUGGAGAUUCACCUGACCACAAAUUCAGGGUCAUUAUAGGACCACAGACAUGUACCUGUGGGAAAGGUCCUCAUUGUGUCCAUGUUUUGUUUGUUAUGCUAAGAGUUUUCCAGAUCAGAGAGAGUGAUCCUCGCUUGCUGAGUAAAGUGCUAAAAAACUAUGAGGUGGAAGCUCUGUUUAAAGAGUACCAUGACAAAAUGUCAUCAAGAAUCUCAAUGAAGAAGGAAUUGAAAAUGACCAAGAGGGAGAGUAGUUCUGACUUGCUGUCCCCAGACAUGGCCCCGGGACAGUCAGAAGUGGAUGGAGAAAGUGUUAAGGAGGAGGAUGACACCUGCCCCAUCUGUCUGCUGGAAAUGUUAGAAGGCGAGAGCUUGUUGAAGUGUGAAAAUGGCUGCCAGAAUCGUCUUCAUCAUCAUUGCAUUUCAGUUUGGUUUGAACUUUGCAGAAGACAAAGUGAUGCACUUAUAUGUCCUCUGUGUAGGGCUAAGUGGAAAAGCAGUGACAUUAACAUCAAAGGGGAUGAAGGGGGUGAUAACCAUGUACCAACAGUACCCCCAAAUACAAGAGCGCCCUCACCAGACAGGGCACUGCCCUAUGCCGAGACUGUUCCCCCGGAGAGAGACAGGCUUCCUUAUGCUGAACCCAUUCCCUCAGAACACAAAACUCGUGCAGAGCCAUGGAUAGAGAUGUAUGGAGAAGAUUUAGUGUCUUGUUUUUUCACUCGAAACUGGUCAAUACGAGAGUCCGGUAUUCGACACCUGAGUAAGGAUGUGGUUGGCGUGCUGAUGAAAGGCAUGGGAGAAGGAAAGAGUGGGGUGAUGUUGUCCCCAGAAAAAACUUGUCACAUUCACAGGUCUGUGGAAAUCUGCUGCCAGAUCCUCGCCUUUAUGUGUGGGGACCCUGUGUACAGAGUCUAUGUAGCUUGUUUGAAAACCUUGAGGACCGUUUUGUCCUAUAUUCCAUGCCGGGAGGACAAACAGAAAUCUCGCUUGGAAGGAGUCAUCAAGCCUAUUGUGGAUGCCAUAAUCAUUAAAUGUACUGAUGGCAAUAGAAGAACUAGUCAGUUGUCUCUGUCUACACUUGUGGAGCUAGCAAAGGGAUGCAAUGGUGAACUGAGUGUUGGAAGUCAAAUCUCAGGUGCACAAAGUUUUGACAGCUUGGAUUAUGUAAUUCGGUGUGCUACGGAGGAAUUUGACCUUGAGACAGUUCCGUGGCAGUGGCUGCUAGGAAGGCUAUAUCUGCUGGAAAGAUUCUUUGAGGAAUUCCAAAAUGAAUUAUCACCAAGGAAUCCUCCAGAGGGCAAAUCAGCUGAUGAGGAAUCAUUACUAGGGGCCAAAUCCUCAGAAGAGGGCCUCAUGUCUUCACCAGAGAGGUUACUCAAAAUUGCCAACUUUGCUGUCAAACUAGUCAAAAAUUCUCACCUUAAAGUUAGUCGCAUGGCAAGGAGGAUUUUCUUGUUGGUGGUUAAAUUUGCUAUCCACUUGGAGUCCAUGAUGGAAGAUUUGCAUGAUAUGUUGUCUGUGCUGGAUGAGACAUCAGUCAAAUCACUUAAAAAACGAAUGUCAAGAAUUGCUGAUGACUUUAAUCUUUCAGAGAAACUUGUGCAUGAAUUGCAUCAUGGUAUAACAAAAAAGAAUAUCCAACAGGAUGAAACACCAGAGAAUUCUCCUCUCUCCUCACCUGAGUCUACUCCAAGGUGUAACUCUCCUGUAUCAGCAUCUCCAGACUGUUUGAAUGAAUCGAGUAGCUCCAACAAAGGAAAGUCUGUACCUCUAGUCCCUCCUAAUACCCCCAUCAGGGCUCGAAAGGAGUGCAAAUAUGAUUCAAAAGCUGAUGAGAGUGUCAAUGGAGAAAUGGAGGAAACUCUUACUGGAACACAAAAGUUUCUUGAAAGCUGCAAACCUGCCAAACUAUAUAUACCUGUGAGAGGAUUAGAACAUCAGGAAAAUGCAAGGAAAAGUCCAUCUCCAAAGAAUCAAAGUCCACCUCCCAAAACACCACCACCUAUCCCUCCUAGACCUCUCUCUAGGAAAGGUAGUUACGAGAUUUUACAGGUAGGGCCAAUCUUGUCCCCACCCACCCUUCCUCCACUUGUGCCCAAUCUGCCACCUCCCCCUGACGUGGUGAAGUGUGCCAGUGAGUCAGCAGAGAGAAACAAAUUGUCACUGCCAUUGCCUUACACAACAGAAGAGAAACCCUUUAUGCUGUGUGAUUGUGAGAAUAAAGAUGACUGCAAGCACAGACCCUCACCUUCUUCCCAAACUUUAGAUUUACCAAAGAAAUUACCCCCACCACAAGACUUACCAAAGAAAGAACUCUUUUCACCACCGCCUCUUGACUCUCAUGACCUUGAGGCCCUUGGCAGCACCAGUUUUUCUUCUGAUGAACGCACACUAUCAUCUGAUGACUCGCUAGAUAGAGUUUGUAGACGUAAAGUGCGCCACCCUGGGCGCUUUCCAACAGCCGAACAGGGAGCCACCUCAAGUGAUGAAAUUCUGGAUGUCAGGCCCAGAGGUCGUACUCGUCUUGAACAUUCAGUUUCCUUCAAAACUGAAGUAGCAUCUCCAAAGGAGCCAGUUAUGAAUUUCCUGAAACAAAAACAGGAUGAUGAGUGCCCUUGUAAAGAGGAAGUGGAGAAGGAAGAAGCCCUGGCCUUGGCAAAAGCUAUGGAAGUUUCUGCCCUGGAUCCUCCCAAACCAAUCAUCCCCGGCCUGACCCCCACAGACAGGGAGGAAGUCAUCACCAUCAGGAUACAGCCAGAGAAUGGAGAGCGUCACCUAGACUCAAAGGGCAAUGGUCCGUCACUUUACCUGGAGGGAAUUCACUGGAUAAAAGGGCCUCUGUUGGGAACAGGAGCUUACAGCACAUGUUACCAGGCCAGAGAUGUCAAGACAGGUGUCAUUAUGGCUGUCAAACAGGUGUCAUUUUGCCGAAAUUCUCGGUCGGAGCAGGAGAGCGUAGUAGAAACAAUAACGGAGGAAAUUAUAAUGAUGACAAAAUUGAACCACCCCAAUGUUGUCAGGAUUAUGGGAGCCACCAGACAUGGCUGCCACUUUAAUAUGUUUGUGGAAUGGAUGCCAGGUGGUUCUAUAUCCUACCUCCUUGGAAUGUAUGGUUGUUUUUCUGAGACAGUCAUCACCAGCUACACCCUUCAAAUUCUUAGAGGACUGGCCUAUUUACAUGACAACCAUGUUCUCCAUAGGGAUCUUAAAGGUGCUAAUCUAUUGGUGGACAGCACGGGUCAAAGGUUAAGAAUUGGAGACUUUGGAGCUGCUGCUCGAUUGGCUUCUCAGACCACAGGGGCAGGGGAGUUCCAGGGUCAGCUUUUGGGAACCAUAGCCUUCAUGGCUCCAGAGGUUCUGCGUGGAGAGAAUUAUGGAAGAGCCUGUGAUGUUUGGAGUGUGGGCUGUGUUAUUAUUGAGAUGUCUACUGCUAAACCUCCAUGGAAUGCCAAGGACAUUUCUAAUCAUUUGGCUCUCAUUUUCAAGAUUGCCACAUCUAUGCAGCCUCCUCCAAUUCCUGAGAAUCUGUCUCCACCAGUUAGAGACAUCCUUCUCCGAUGUCUGGAACAGAAAAAGACAGAAAGACCUACAGCGAAGGAACUUCUAGUCCACCCCCUCUUCACUCAGUACAUGACCAGCACAAGCAGUAAAUGCUGAGAUGCAAAAACAAUACCGACUGUCUGAGCUCCCUGUCCAUGCAAUUGAAUUUGUCUAGGUGACUAAGAUAUCAGUCCAAAAAGUUGAUAAUGCAAGGUGAACAUAAGAAAGAAAUUAGAUAUUAGUACCAAGCAUGAAAAUGAUGGAAAAAUAUCUUCACAUUCCUCCCAACUCUGUUACUGACUCAAGUUCAGUCUCUCUUGAAUUUUUAGUAUUGUAUACAAUGGAGAUUAGUCUGGUGUAUUUGAAGCUUUAUGUGAAACAACAAAUAGAUUUGGGAGGGGGAAUGUUAAACUUAUCAAUGACCUGGAUAUGAAUAUGAUACCACAUUUAUUGUUACUGUACUUAUAUAAAGAUAAACAUCAAUGUCACACACAAUAGCCCAAUCUUGCCAUAGAUAUAUAGUCACAGGAAUUUUUCACAGCAUUACUUUUCACUUUGAUAUUCAUUCAUUUGAUUGAAAACUUUGAAAAUCAAAAGACAUUUACUGAUACACCGCUGAACCCAUUAACAAAUACCAUUUUGGCAUUUGAGAUAGCAUGCAGCAUUUGAGAUCACUUUACAGGUGUUAUCAAACUAGCAUACAGAGGUGUUUGUUUUCAUUGUUUAUCUUUGCAGUAUUAUUCUCUCUAGUAUUAUACAGUGCCAAUAUCUUUAACUUUUUAUGCAUCACAAAACAUUUUUUCCAACACCAUUCUCGUGUUCUCUUCGUGCACUGAAGGACAGCUUAUUUUGAUAUAUUGUGGUAUGAAGUGCCAACAGGGUGCUGCAUUUCCCCACCUUUGUUCUUUGGACUGUUUCAAACUUAAUCUAUGGUUUGUGAAGAAAGUGCUUUUCUUUUUACUUUGAUAUGUAUAUAGUGUAAAUGUCAUUUUCUGUCCUGCUUUAGUCAGCAUCUGUUAGCUCUCCAAGGAUGGGGUGUCACAUAGAUUUACUGUAGAUGCCAAAUGUCUCAAUAAUCAUGAUAUUAUUUCUUUAGAUAAUUACCGGUACCUAUUGUGUCAGCUUUUACUUAUUUUAUAGCUUGCAUUCCUUAUACAGUCCAUAGUUAGCUUUUCUAUCCAUAUACAAAAUGUAUUACCAAAGCAAAAUCCUCUUUCUACAAAAGCUUUCUGAUGUCUGUCUGUUUAUGUCAGAGACUAAAUUACAAAUAUGCUACAAUAUACAUACUGUGGUUUAGACAGAGAAACAUUGUAUUUUGUAUCAACGACACAUUACUGUAUAUCUUUAAACAUUGCUUUUGUCCAUUGCUGGAAAUCCAGCUGGCUAUACUUGAUAACUUCAGCCUUUUAAAUAUAUGUAAUACAUGUAUAUUAAUAGGCAAGACUAUUUAUGAAUUAAGAUGACAUGGUGCUAAAUGUGAUUGAUCACUGCAGUUGUUUGAUCAUGAUACAAGUUCGUACAAAUCUGCAAUAAAGAUAUAGCAUAAUACGAUCUUUUCACGUCAGUAAAUACUAGUAAUUUAAUGAGGCCUACAUCAGUAAAUACUAAUAAUUUAAUGAGGCCUACGUCAGUAGAUACUAGUAAUUCAAUGAGGCCUAGCACAUUUUUACAGUGCAGGAGUAGAAAGAUUUCCAUUGUCAAAGCUUGACCACCUACUGGAGUGAAAUUAUUUCCCAUGUAUUUUUACAUUGUUGUCAUGUGACUGUGCAUAAUGAAUCUCUACACUAAGAAAAACAACCUUUGCUCAUUAGUGGCAUUGCUUUUUGCUCACUAGAUUCUUUUUAAUAUAUAGAAGAAGGAAGUAUUACAUUUUUAAUAAUUUUCUUUAUGAUUGCAUGUAUUUCUUUCAUGUGUCAAUAUACAAUAUAAAAUUUUGUCACUGAAUUUUAGAAAUGAUCUUUGUGUCUGUGUACCAUUUAUCAGAGUAGACAAUUGCCAUGCAGAAUAGUGGUCCUGUUAUUUGCUUUCUUCAUCUGUUUGCAUUACAAUAGCUUAAUGCUUUAGAAUUUUAAGAAAAGACUUGAAAAUAUAUUCCAAUAACGAUAUCAAUUUCUACCUCUUAUGAUAUAACAUUUUUUUUAGAAAUGUGCACAUUAAAAUGAAACCAGUAUUGAUAAAGAUUUUAGACAAGCAUGUACAUCCUAUUAUUUUUGAUAGCUACAUCAAAAUCAUGAAACAGUGGCUGUAAAGUGCCUUUAUAAUUUUGGUUUGUGUAGAUAUUUUUGGAGACUGUAUUUUGAUAUGAUUGUGAUAUCGGGGUUGUGAUCGGUGUACAUAUCGCUGAUGUUGACAGUAACUCAGUUUUCUAAUUCUGCUCAUAACUGUAGCUCAGACUUUUUUUAAAAAUGGCUUUGGAAUUUGUUGAGGCAAAUUAUGUACAUUAGUUCUCCAUAUUCACUCUCCCUUUUAUAGAACUCUAUUUACAUGAAUCGUAUUGUUUAACAGAAAGUGAGAGAGAAAAAACUUUAGACCAGCUUCAAUUUUAAAAUACUGAACUUUUCAAAAUAACAUAAAUAUGCAUCUCUGUAGAUUAUGCAUCUCUAUAUGGAAUGUUCCAUGUGACUUGUUGGAUUGCGAAAUCUUAUUGUCUGUUUGCAGACUUUUCAGUAAACGAAAUCAACAACAAAAGAGUUACCAAAGAAAUUGUCAUAUUUAUAUAUCAGUGUAUACAGAGCUGAGUAAUAUGGUAUGCCAUAUAUAAUGAUGUAAUGAAGAUAUCUAAUUAUUUUAGCAAUAUGGAUACUAGUCAUUUUGAUAUCAUCAAAUAUUUGUUUGUUACUCAUUAUCUUGUUAUUUAUUGUUUAUUUAUAGAGAUGAAUGUAUUGAUUUUUAGCAUUCAUAAGAAAGAAUAGCAACGAAUUCAAUUAAGAAAAAAAUAAAUCUGAGACUUCUGUGAAGAAAACCAUUAUCUAAAGCAUUUACUUUGAUAAGAAGAAUGUUACAUUCCAAAGAAUCUUCAUUAUUGUAUGUUACAAAUCUGUUCUAUGUUGUUCAUCAUAGACAAAGUUCCAUGUCAAAUAUGAAAUUCAACCAGCUUUAGAUGGAUGUACUGGUAACAUAUCACGAAAUUUUGUACCUAUGAAAUAAUGUUUUGAUAAAAAUAUUCAAAUUAUCGUCAACUUUGUAGAAAGCAUCAGUUACAGAAAAAAGUAUAAUGCUUGCAUCUAUUUUUCUUUUAUUGUUCAUUUUAAUGUAAAAUCAAAUGCUUUUUUACUAGAUAUUUCCAAAUUUAGAAUGGUUACCGUAAUAAUUUGUACUAUUUUUAUUGCAAACAAAUUUAUGAUUAUGAUUUUUUUGAGUCAGUGAUUUAAUAUAGCUUUAACAUGUGGUUAAGGAGUAGGUCGGCUUCUCUUGUUGUGUUGUCGUGGUGAUUAUGUCAACAUUCUAUGUUUUACUGUAGUGUGUUUCGGACAGUUUUAUGUUUUCUUAAGUGCUAUUUUCUGAAUAAAUCACUUCUCUUAG